UGUAAAUCAAACUUUGCUCUUAGUUGUCACGGUUCACUGAUUCGCUAGGUAAACAACAGCACGUGUUGGUAACUUCUUUUUGAUUAAUUAAAAACAAUUGGGGCAAUUUCAAUAUCAAGUUCAUUUGAAUAAAAAAAGUGACUAAAUGGGUUAUAGUCACUUUGGUGUUGUCCAAAGAAAACUUUAUUAACCGAAGGGACGGCCCUGUGUUGCGGGACUACCGUACUGUUCUAACUAACGAGCCGUGGCUUAAUUCUGUAAUUUAACUCUGAAACCUGGAAACACUGCAUCAUGAGCAGGCGAAAACUUUUUAACGUUUUCAAGCAAAUACCUUCGUUAGUCAUUGGAAUGAUUCAUGUCAGGGCCUUGCCAGGAACUGCUCGCCAUUCGUUGUCUAUGAAGAAGAUCAAAGAUAUUGCUUUGAGUGAAGUUGAUAUUUAUGCUGAAUGUGGAAUUGACGGUAUCAUCAUAGAAAAUAUGCAUGAUCUACCAUAUAUCUGUGGUGAAAACAUAGGACCAGAGAUUGUGGCAUCUAUGGCUUCAGUUACAACUACAAUUAAAACUAAAUUUCCGGAAAUUCCAACUGGAAUUCAAAUAUUGAAAGCAGGAAACAUACAAUCAAUGGCAGUUGCGCAUUCUACAGGUUGUGAUUUUAUAAGAGCUGAAUGUUUUGCAUUCUCACAUAUUUCUGAUGCUGGAUGGGUGAAUGCAUCUGCUGGUGAAUUGCUGAGGUACAGAAAACAAAUUGGUGCAGAGGAUAUUUUGAUAUUUACUGAUAUUAAGAAAAAACACAGUUCUCAUUCCAUAACAUCAGAUUUGAGUGUAGUUGAAUCUGGACAAGGAGCAGAAUUUUUUCUAUCUGAUGGAUUAGUCGUCACAGGAACUAAGACUGGAUCUGCUGCCAAUCAGAAUGAAAUUAAAGAUCUCCAAUCUGCAGUUGACAUUCCGGUUUUAGUUGGAUCUGGAGUAACAACAGAAAAUGUCCAUCAAUUUGUAAAUGCAGAUGCAUUGAUAGUAGGGUCACACUUUAAAGCCGGUGGCUUGUGGAGCAAUGAGAUGGAACAUAGUAAGGUGAAGAAUUUUAUGGAAAAGGUCAAAGAGUUGAGGACAUGA